AGUGUUCUGCGGUUAUCUCCCUCCAGAGGACAGCCUCCGAAAUCCAAGUGCAUAUGCUAACAUCGACCAGCCACGAGAUGGCAGCAUAAGACCGCUGACCUUCAGCUAAAUCCGGGGACCCCACCUACUUUCGGUUUUGUUUCAAACUGGCUUCCUCUACAGUUUGUGCUCGCUUGGCCUCUGAGGCGUUUCCUCAAAUAUUUUCAAAAAAAUCUAGAAUUACACAUGAAAGUGUAUUUUGAAUGAAAAAUGUAUCCUCUUAAAUACCUGACGACCGUCAUCUGCACUUUGUUCAUCACCAUCGGAGCUGCUUCUGGUCAAGAAGUGAAAGUUUUUGGUGCACUUGGUGGUAGAGUGUCUUUUGGUCCUACCAGCUUAAAUCCAACUGUCAGUAGCAUUAUAUGGAAACACAGAAGCAGCACUGGACCUGUUGUAAAAGCGAUUGAAUGGGAUACUGACGAUGGUGAAUCGAUCCCGCAUCCGAGAUUCAAAGGCAUCACAUCUCUUAAUAGAAUGACUGGACAAAUCACUAUAACUAAAUUAAAUAUUGAACAUGAAGGACUUUAUACCAUUGACAUCAAUAGUAAAGAACAGGAACAAAAAUACAAAUUGUCCUUUAUGGAUCCGGUCCCCAACCCUGAGAUAAAAACAGAUAGGUCAGAUAAAACGUCUGAUUUUGUGUAUUUAAUCUGCGAGUACAGUGAAACGAUCAUCUGGAAUAAUUCUGCUGGAGAAAUACUGGAUGUAAAAGAUCACCUUCCGAAAGGAAAGUUCAUCACAGUUCAUAAAAAUGGACAUCCAGACGACUACUACACAUGCACACUCAAGAAUGAAGUGAGUGAGAAAACCAGUGAUAAGGUCUUUAGGAGAGAUCUGUUUGAAGAGGGUGGAUCUGUGUGGAUAGCUCCCAUCAUCAUCCUAAUCUUGAUACUGGCUCUCUUUAUUGUUUUUGUUCUCCUGUAUAAGGUCUGGGAAAAGUUUCGUAAAAAUGUUAACAAAAAAUUCAAAGGCAAACCAUGUAUAGGAGGGUUUUUGGACUGUCUCGGUGGAAAUAAAGAUAGUAUGUCAUUUUUUCAUUCACGUUUUUAACAUUUUCUCUAAAUAAUUUUUAAAUAUUAUAU